CUAUGGUAUCUCCUAGACCAGUUCUUCUCAUGGCCUACUGUUACCAAGGUGGAGCUUGGAUUCUCGGAUCUCCGCUUUCCACAGAUAACUGUUUGUAACGUCAAUGUGUUACAUAAAGGGAAUCUUGCUAAGUAUGCUGGUGCCGAUACGCUGAAAGAGUUAGUGAACAAAAUGAAACCAGAGAACGUCGCAGCGAAUCAGUUCAAUCCAAAUUGGGAUCCGUAUGAAAAUAAAUCACCUGGUAACGCAGACCAGACGCAAGGUCCUUCAUCUGUUAAUGCAGGUCAAACGCAAACUUCUUCAUCAGUGAAAGCUGGCCCGACGCAGACCAUGCAAGAAAGCACUACUAAAAGUGUUCCACCCAAUAAUCAAACACGUCGUAAGCGGUUUGUGGACACGUACGGGGAUAUUGACCCCUCAAAGUACGACCCAAACAAACCGCCUUCGCCCCCUCCGCUGGACAAAGAGUACGAUGGAAAGAGGGACUCACAGGAAGAGAUAGACCUCGCCUUUAGUACGCUCUACAUGAAUAUAAAUAGGAUUGACCGGGCUCGCCUCGGACACAACAUCAGCCAUAUGCUUCUCACCUGCACUUUCAACGGCCGCGUCUGUGACGCGGGGAUGUUCCGCCAUCACGGCACGGUCGAGUCCGGUAACUGCUGGACGCUCGACAAUGACAAGUUUACCGUGAUGGCGCCUGGACCAGAAGGGGGCCUGAAACUCGUGCUGUACAUGGAGGUCAUGGAGUACCUAGAGGGAAUUACGACCGGAUACGGAGCCCGAAUACAGGUGCACGAGCCGGGCACCUAUCCGUAUCCCGUGCACGAGGGAAUGCACGUGCCCGCAUCCAUGGAAACAUCCAUUGGGCUCAAACUGAUCACGGUCGAGCGUCUGAACGGAACAUACGGGGACUGCGAGUGGGGCGCGGAUUUCCAGGCCAAGUACGGGGUUAGAUACACAAGGCGCGCAUGCUACUCCGCGUGCGUGCUUGAGGAUAUCGUGAGCACGUGCGGUUGCCAUAGCGAUGAUGCAGAAUACUAUGCACAACGCCUAAACGACUCGCUGCGACGGUGUCGAUCUUUAAAUGAGACGACGUGUCAAGCCGGUGUUGAACGCCGCUAUGAGACGAUGGCAUCUCGGUGCGAAUGCCCGAACCCUUGCAAUGAGACUGUAUACGACAAAAGUGUGAGUCAGCGACAAUGGCCCACAGACGACUACGCGAAAGUGCUGUUGGAAGGCGUGUGUAAUAUGGACAAGGAGAAAUGCAAGAAUCUCAGAACAAAAUUGGCCGAUCAACGGGCUCUUUCAAACAAUUUCCUACGACUGAACAUCUACUUUGAAGAUUUGAAUUUUGAGAUGAUAAAGGAGUACCCUGAAAUCGAGUGGCAGCAAUUCCUGUCGGACGUAGGUGGCGCAAUUGGUCUGUGGAUCGGCCUCUCCAUGCUCAGUCUCUGCGAAGUCGCGCAGCUCCUCGUAGAACUUUGCAACUUUGCGGUCAGCAAGGCCGCUUGUGAGCGCCGACCGGAUGGGAAACAACGUGAGGAACGCUACCACUCGGCCUCCUAUGCAAGAAAACAGCACAAUCACAUCAACCGUAAACGGGACUACUAUGCGACCACUUCCGACUAUCAGUACAACUACAGCGACCGGAAACGUGGAUUCAAUGACCAGUUGCAAGACAUGAAGUUUGCUGUUAAAAUUCCAGACGCCCAUUUGAAAAGAAGCUCUGAUGGUUUGCAAAAUAAUGGAUAUAGUGCUCCGUUUUAAAAUGCACUGAACGAUACCUUCUGUGUAGUUACUUCUCCGUUAAGGAUUGACUGGAUGCGAUUCUUCUGUAUGAAAAGGCUAUUUAAAGGGGUAUGAACUUUGGGAUUUCCAAUGGGUAUUGAAAAGGGUAUAAACCUAAGUCUUUCCAAUGGGUAUUGAAAAGGGUAUAAACCUUAGUCUUUCCAAUGGGUAUUGAAAGGGGUAUAAACCUUGGUCUUUCCAAUGGGUAUUGUAAGGGGUAUAAACCUUGGUCUUUCCAAUGGGUAUUGAAAGGGUAUAAACCUUGGUCUUUCCAAUGGGUAUUGAAAGGGGUAUAAAUCUUGGUCUUUCCAAUGGGUAUUGAAAGGGGUAUAAACCUUGGUCUUUCCCAUGAGUAUUGAAAGGGGUAUAAACCUUGGUCUUUCUAAUAGGUAUUGAAAGGGGUAUAAACCUUGGUCUUUCCAAUGGGUAUUGUAAGUGGUAUAAACCUUGGUCUUUCCAAUGGGUAUUGUAAGGGGUAUAAACCUUGGUCUUUCCAAUGGGUAUUGUAAGGGGUAUAAACCUUGGUCUUUCCAAUGGGUAUUGAAAGGGGUAUAAACCUUGGUCUUUCUAAUGGGUAUUGUAAGGGUUAUAAACCUUGGUCUUUCCAAUGGGUAUUGAAAGGGGUAUAAACCUUGGUCUUUCCUUUUCAUCGUUCUAUAUGUAAAUGGAUAUUAAAUUUGGCAAAUUUUUACAGACGAAAUGUGCAUAAAGAUGUAGCAAUAUUAUUUCAUAUUUUAGAACAUCUUAGAAUUUUUUCAUAGAGUAAUAUAGUUCCAUACUAAGAUUUGAACAAUAUCAUUUAAAGGACCCGUUAAAUGCUUGCAGACGACUAAUAAGCUUUUUGUAUUAGAUGUCUACAAUAUAAACGUUAUUUAGAAUUGCCUUACUCUCGAUCAGGUAGAAAAUGCGAAUACUAGAUAUCGCAAUCUGUAAAAAAUUUUGACGUUCGUAUUAUACACUAUAGAAAUUUACAUCACCGUUUUUUAGCUUUUCGUCGGUCGUGCGUCGCCCGUCGUCAACAUUUUGCAUUGUUAAUACUCUAGAGGCUACAAUUGUUGUCUGAUAUUCAUGAAACUUGGUCAAAAGAUUUGUCCCAAUUAUAUAUUGGUCGAGUUCGAAACUGGAUCACGUGAGAUGAAAAACUAGGUCACUGGGUUAAAUUUAAAAAAAAGCUAGUCAAUACUCUAGAAAUCACAUUUAUUGACCAUCUUUAUGAAACUUGGCCAUAGCAUUUGGCUUAAUGAUGUCUCAGCUGAGUUCGAAAAUGGUUUCGUUGGUUGAAAAACAUUGCCGCCAGGUUUCCUUAGAUUGCUUUAGUAAAAAAACCUUGCUAACACUAUAGAAGUCACCAUAUGGUCCAAUCUUCAUGUAAAUUGGUCAGAAUAUUUGUUCUUAUGAUAGCUCGGAUGAGUUCGAAAAUGGUUCCGGUCCGUUAAAAAACAUGGCCGCCAGGGGGGCGGGACAGUUUUCCUUAUUUGGCUAUAGUAAAACCUUGUUAGCACUCUAAAAGUCACAAUUAUGGCCCGAUAUUCAUGAAACUUGAUCAGAACAUUUGUUCCUAUGAUAGCUCGAUUGAGUUCGAAGAUGGUUUCGGUCCAUUAAAACAUGACAGCCAGGGGGCGGGGCAGUUUUCAUUAUUUUGCUUUAGUAAAACCUUGUUAACAUCAUAAAACUUGCUCAGAAUAUUUGUUCUAAUGAUUAAUCAGCUGAGCUCUAAAAUGGUUACGGUUCGUUGAAAAACAUGGCCACCAUGGGGCGGGGCAGUUUUCCUUAUAUGGCUAUAGUAAAACCUUGUUAAUGAGGAUGUUUGGGCACAAUUAUGACGAUGAUGGUGAUGAUGAUGAUGAUGAUGAUGAUGAUGAUGAUGAUGAUGAUGAUGAUGAUGAUGAUGAUGAUGAUGAUGAUUAUGAUGAUGAUGAUGAUGAUGAUGAUAUGAUGAUGAUGAUGAUGAUGAUGAUGAUGAUGAUGGUGUCACACCAACGACCUUUGUCUUGAUGUCAGAUGGAUACCAUUGAUAAGACUGCUUAUACAGUUUGCAGUCAUUCAGUAGUUUGUGAGUGCUUAUUAAAUAUUUGUGAUUUAACAGAUUUUAUUGUUGUUUCAAUUGGAAUUAUCAAUGCAAGGUAAGUCUGAAAAUUGUUCUGGUAAUUUAAAAAAACUUUGUCCAAAAUGUGAACAACUUGGUAUUAAAAAACAAUCUUAUCACAUUUUUAAGAAGCACAAAAACUGUUUAGUUAAAUACCCAAGUUGUUUUGGAAGUUGUUUUUGCAAAGAUAAUUUAUUUAUACUACAGAUUUUGUGGGCAUGUAAAUUCCAAAUAGUUUGACAGUUGUUUGGAUAUGAUGAUUUUUCAUAUUUCUUGUGUGUGUUCACUUCUGUAUUUUAACUAUGAGAUAUAUUAAGUGUCAAAUGUUUGGUACCUAAAAUGAAGAUCGAUGUUGAAUUUCAAGUAGAUAUUCUCAUACUCAUUUAAUUCCUUACAAUUUACUUUGAUAUAUGAUAACAAUUCAACAUAUUGAAUUUAAUUAUGCAAAACUACUUCAUAAACACUGAAUCUAUUGAGAAAAAAAUACAGUUGUUUUCGGUAUCUUAAGCUGUUCUUGCAAAACAAGUUGUAACAAGUAAUCCCGCAUAACAUCCUAAGAUGCUUAUCUCAUAAUCUCAAAGCUUGACUACAGUUUGUGAAAACAUUGCACUUCCAUUUUCUUUUGCUGAUUAUGCUCAUUAUUGAAUUUCUGUCCUCAUAUAACUUUUAUCAAAAAAAAAACUUUGUGACAAUGGGAAACAAAUGUUUAUUUAAAAACACAUACACAAACAUAAAAAUCUUACUUUUAACACAGAUAUUUAUAUGUCUACCUAAAAAGCAAACCCUUUCUUUUGUCAAAACAACGUAGACAACUCUUGCUUAACGUUACUUCUUUCAGUUGAGCGACCCAGGUCGACCAUGGCCCUCUUGUUAUUCGAAUUCAAUAUAGUGUCUCUCUUGUUUUUUACUAACAGGUUCGUUGGUCUAAAUCUAUUCUUGUUGUUGUUGUUGUUUUUGUUGCUUUCGUUUUUAUUCAUUUGUUUCCAUAUUUUUAAGGCUACAUAGCCCAUGAGAAUGAAUUGAUAACGACUAUAGGUUUAGGCACAAGAUUAGCAUUCAAAAUACAUAAAUUGUGUCUCGAGUGCAUGCUAUACACUCUGUCUCGAUUGCCGUGAUGUGAUCAAACUAUUCAAAAUGAUUGAACUGGACUUUGUUUAGGAUGGCUGUUGUUUUUCUUUUAUUAAAUAUAUUUUGUUAUUGUAUUUUAUGUGCAUGCAAAAGAAAGAAAGCACCCGAAAAAAAAGGUAUUCGAACAUAUGUUUUUUUUAAAACAGUGAAUGUGUAACUGAACAGACACAUGUGAUGAAAUAAUUUAUAGCGCACUUUGUAGCACAAUACCGCAUCUUAUUUUUUUAGGUUUCUCUCACUUUCCGCUCUUACGAUAUUUUCUGUUUAAAUAAAGUCUCUAUUUCGCUGCAAUCCAGUGAAUCCGGAAAGUAUCGUCCCUGAUCAGCCUGUGCGUCCUGAACAGGCUAAUCUGGGACAAAACUUUACGAACAUGCAUGUUAUCCUCUUUUCAUAGAACACGGCUUAACUACCAAAGAAGUGCUAUUCUUAUUUAACGAUAUUACUGUUACACAGUUUGCUUUGUCCAGAUUUCACUCUCAAUUUUAUUGUACCUAUCAAUUUCAAUGAGUGAGCACUUCGAUUAAAUAUUGUUAUAGCUUUUCCAUUGUAAUAUAUGUACAAUAUUAUGCUUACAUAUAUAUUAAUAGGACGAUACAAAUAUAACAAAAGAAUUGAUACAAAAACUGAAGAUCUUUAUUAUUAUGUUUACAUUAGUAUCAUGAUUUAUUAUUAUACAUUUGAAUAUGGAUCAAUGCGUCAAAUGCAGAUAUCCAUAAAACUAUAUAUACCUUGAAUUGAUUUGAGCUACAAUAUGGCAACGGGACAUUCGGGGACUGCGAGUUAGGAGUUGUUAAAAUUGCCAAUAAACAAUGAUAAUAGAAUUCGAUUGUAAUAUGAUCUGACAAAUAUGUUUAGUAAAUUGCAUACGAACUUUAUUUGAGUAAAAAAACCGUUAUAAUAACAUUGACAUUAUAUUUUUUAACAGUUUAUUUUACUCAUGUAACGUAAUCGCUAGAUUUCGGUGAGUGUUUUUUUUUUCGUUAUUCGGACAUUUUAUCAUCCCAUGACGAUUCGCUUUCAGACGUUUUGUGUACGUGUCAUAGGGUUACUUUAAUUACUUAUUUUAUAUAGAUUGUUUAGCAGUAUAGUUGACUUACUAAUAGGACGUCUAUCUUUCUUUGUGGUACUUGAUUUUUAAUAACCAGCCGGUUUUCUUAUUUUAAAACCACUUCCGCCAAAACGUAAAUAAUAACAAAGCCGCCAUUCAAUUAUUGAGUAAAAACCAAUUUUUCAAUGAGUGUACAUUAAAGUUUAUACUCGCACAGUCCAAAAGUUACAUUUAUAUAUAUAUCGAUUGUAUUUUGCUAUUGCUCAGUUAUGAUGCAAUACUGUAAUUGUAUAUUAUAUUUUUUUCACUGUACUUAUU